AUGCCCGUUUACCACGUCGUUCUCUUCAAAUUGAAGCCGGAAGUCACCGCAAAGCAGCUAGAAGACUGGGGAAAGUUGGCUUACGCCAUGUUAGGCCAAGUUCCUGGUCUAACUAAAAUCUCCUUUGGGAAACCGUUGCCUAUGACUGCUUCCAGGGCGAAGGGUUUUGAUAUGGGUCUUGUGGCAAUUUUGGAUUCGCCAGCCGCUCUUUCUACCUACGCGGCUCAUGAUGCCCACCUCCCAGUUAUGGCAUUGAGGGAAGAACUCUGCGUCGAUGCUAUGGCUUAUGAUCUUGAAUUCGACGUCUAG